AUGGCAGGAAAUUAUGGAAAAUACAUUGACCGAUCCCCGAUUAUAUGCGCGGCAGGCAAAGCAUCCGGAGACCCUGAAGAUACUGUGGCUGCAACGCUCAAGCAGUACAGGCUGGUAGAUGAAAUUGAAGCGCUGAAGCAUGAUGCUAAAAUAUGGAGAAAAGAGGAAUUUGUUGCUACAAUGCCACCUAUAGGAAACCAUCAAUUUCUAGGUACCAACACUGAAAUUAGCCCUAUUUUACAACCACCAGUUCUUACUCGAUAUGAGCAAUUAAUUCAGGAUUUGAAGGAUACCCCCUAUAUGAGUUAUUGGAAUGCUCAGUUGGGUAAAGUUCGAGAUCCAGUGCCAGGCUUACCUAAGGGCAUGGAUCCUAUCGAAACCUGUUUUGGGGUUCCAACGGAAAGAAAUGUAACAGUUAAAGAGCUUGUGAAUCCUCCAAAGAGUCAUAAACAAGUGUUGGAAGAGAGCCAAGUCGCACAUGAAUUGUACAAGAAGACACACAACGACUACAAUGCUUCGGAACAAGUUACUAGAAACUACAAGAAUUUCAAUUCAAAUAGACGUUUUGGCAAGCAGACAACUUAUGAUGCAAGAGGUAAAGGUGUAGCUUGUGCAUGCGAUUGGCGCCAUCCAGACCAUUGCCAUGCCAAAAAAUUUCAAGCUGAUUUUCUGAAACGCGAUAAAUCUCAGCUUGGUAAGGUUUUGGCACCUAACAAUAACAUAGAAUGCGUACCCAAAGGACACACGUACGGUGAUCCUUCCAAGCAACAUUUCUAUGGAGUUGAGGAUCUUUUAAAGGACCCCAAAGUUAAACCUUGCAUGUUUAAGCGUGAUUUUUACCAGUGGUUAGCCAGUUUGAACAAAAUCAGGCUUUUAGUGAAGGCCAGAAGUGUUGAACUUGGGAAUAUUUACAAAAGGGCAAUGAAUUUAGAUGCAUCUAAAAGUGGCCUGCUUCCCUUACACGUAUUCUAUCAAUUAUGCAGUGAGUACUAUUAUUUAACUUUUCCCAAAGAGUUGGAGCAUCUUUGCGUGCACUUAAAGUACAUUUACCAAGAUCAAAUUGACUAUAGAAAGUUCCUGGAUUUAAUUGACAUUAACAAAGAGCCGAGUGAUAUUAAACCAAUUGACAAUAUACCGGAAGCCAGCAAAUAUUACACCUCGACUAGCCAAGCUGCUCAAUGCGAUUAUCUGUUUAUUGACAAUAAUCAAAUGCCUGCAGCAGGCACUCCGUCCAUAAGGCAUGAUCUUCCACGUCCUGUUCCUCCUAUAGGAGGCUGUAAGGCUGACAUUGAGCAUCUGGGAGAUGAAACUUCGGUCAAAGCUGUGAUUAGUCCGAGCAUCUAUUCCACCUAUGGACUGAAUUAUCGGGAUUUUUUCCUGCCACGCUCCCCUGAAGUUAUAAAACGCUUGUUUGAAAAAAUUGGCUAUAAUUUUCCUGGAGAUAAUUUCCAGAAAUUGUGGCAAAUGGGCUUAGAGCAAGAUCAAACCGGGCAAGUUUGUGUGGAUACUUUUAAGAAGUUGCUGAACUGUCAAUGCCCUCCGUUGAAGUUACGUGUGGAUGAAAAACAAUUCGAAUGUGACAAAUAUUAA